CAAUGCUUUGCUGACAAGUGACCGUCUCGGUGCCUCUCGGGGGGCCAGGACCGAGGAGGACCCGGCACCCAGUGCUCUCCGUCCGCUCCCACGGGGCGAGUUCAGAAUGUCCACACGGGCCUCGACCUGACCGUGCCCCAGCACCAGGAGGUGCGGGGCAAGAUGAUGUCUGGUCACGUGGAAUACCAGAUCCUGGUGGUCACCCAGCUAGCUGCGUUCAAGUCGGCCAAGCACAAGCCCGAGGACAUCGUCCAGUUCUUGGUCUCCAAAAAGUACAGCGAGAUCGAGGAGUUUUACCAGAAACUGAGCGGGCGUUACCCAGCGGCCAGCCUUCCCCCGCUCCCCAGGAAGGUCCUGUUCGUUGGGGAGUCCGACAUCCGGGAAAGGAGAGCCAUGUUCAAUGAGAUCCUGCGCUGCAUCGCCAAGGAUGCCGACCUGGCCAGCAGCCCCGAGCUGCUAGAGUUCUUAGGCACCAGAUCCCCGGGGGCUGCAGACCUCACCAGCAGAGAUGUCUCUGUCCUGGACACAGACAGCCAAGCAGGGGACAGUGGGGAGGCUUUCGACUUCUUCCAGCAGCAGGAACAAGCGGAGGGACCGCCCACCCCAGGCCAGAAGGAUAAGGAGGCAGAGGAGUCCUCGGAAGAGGAGGAGGCCCUCGACCCCCUGGGCAUCAUGCGCUCCAAGAAGCCCAAGAAACGCCCUGAAGUAGCCGUGAAGCCCAGACCCUCGCCUCGGCUGACCAUCUUUGACGAAGAGGCGGACCCUGACGAGGGGCUGUUCCGCCCAAGCAGGAAGCUCUCCCCACAGGGCCCCGCAGAGGACACGGCCGCCAGGGACCCCCUGAAGUUGUUUGACGACCCUGACCUCGGCGGGGCCAUCGCCCUGGGGGACCCCUUACUGCUGCCGGCAGCCCGUGAGAGCGGAGGACCCACCCCCGGCCCAGGCCACAGGGACGCCUCCGAGGACCUGUUCAGAGUUGAAGAGGACUUGGACCAGAUUCUGAACCUGGGGGCUGAGACCAAACCCCAGCCCCAGCCUAAGCCCAAGCCGCCAGUGGCCGCUAAGCCAGCGCUACCCAGAAAGCCAGCAGUUCCCCCCAGAGCGGGCCCCUCUGAGGCCCUGGCCAGGCAGCAGCAGCAGCAGCGGCAGAAGAUCCAGGCCAUGGACGAGAUGGACAUCUUGCAGUACAUCCGGGACCACGACACCCCUGGCCAGGCCGCCCCCAGCCUCUUCUGAGCCCCGCUCCCCUGCACUGGCCCACCGCC